AUGAGUCUCAUCAGUGUCCAGUCUGCCGGUCAAUGGCAAGGUAUCCUCAGCGGAAACAAUGUCGUCAUCGCCGAUUUCUACGCCGACUGGUGCGGCCCCUGCAAGGUGAUCGCGCCCCAUUUCGAACGCCUCGCCAAGGAGUACUCGAAGCCGAACAAGGUCGCCUUCUGCAAGAUCAACGUCGACAACCAAUCCGCCAUCGCCCGCGCACACAACGUCAGCGCCAUGCCCACCUUCAUCGUCUUCCACGGCGGCCAGGCCGUCGAGACCAUCAAGGGCGCGAACCCCCCCGCCCUGACGCAAGCCAUUCAGAACGCCCUCAAGCUUCCCGACAAGGGCGGCCGCUCCGCCGCCUCCUUCAAGACCCCCGGCCGGACCCUCGGCGGCGACCAGCCCCCGCGCGCGAGCCUGCAGCGUCCGGUGUCGUGGCAGUUCCGCGGCAUCUUGGACAGCAUCAUCACCUUUAUUGGGCUGUACCUCGUCUCGCUGUUCUCGAUUGAUCCCCACAAGGCGGCCGAGAUGUCGCGGUUCAACCGCGUGAACCCGCCCCCGCCGGUCGUCAAACCCGCUAAUGGUGCUGGCCCCAAGACCCGGCAGGCUCCGAGGGCCCCGGCGUUCAAGACCCUGGCAGACCUGGGAGGUGACGAAUAG